CACUAUAUUCUACAGUAAUCGCUUGUUGACUCAUAUCCAGGACAUGAGUCCAACCCAGUCACCCAAUCGACCUAUCCCCAGUCAAUAAGAGAGCUGCACAAUGGACUUAGCAGCCGGAGUCUCUCACAGGACGUACUGCCUUUGUCUCAAACGGCUGCUCACUGCGGAGAAUGGACGAGAGGUAGAAUGGGGAGAGAAGACGCAGUGAGGGCCUGAUUAGCGGCAUUGAGGUCCAAUAUUGUGCUGCGGAACUGUCGUCAGAAGUCAGACAGGCGCUGUGCCUGUCCGGCCAGAGCCGCAUUUGAAAGGAUUUAGAGCAAGUAGCAUAAUCAUGGGAAUAGACAGUGUACUACUUCGUUAGAUUGGAGUAUCGGUCAAUUUCCAUGCUUAGUUUGGUGCCAUUGACGAUUAGAUCAUGGAGCUGAAGCAGUGGAGGAGUCGAAUGAGGGCGAGGAACUUCGAGCGAGUGUGGUAGUGUAGCGGUGGAUCGUCAACGCUUCGGCUGAAUCGAGUGUGCAUGGUGUAGUGUGACGGAGGAGAAGAAGAGACGACGGGAGGGAGGAAGACGUUUGGUGGAGUAAGGUGCGUCUGGUGAGGUAGAACAAUUUUUUCAGGUCAACUUGGCGAGGAAAUGUCAUCUUGGUGAGGAAAUAUCAUCUUGGUGAGGAAAUAUCCCUUGGUUUAGAGACAUUUGUGGCCUUGGAAGUGAGUGCGGGGAGACAAGAUGGCGUCGGAGAAGGCGGAUGGGCUGGAUGGCCGCCAUCUCUCACAGAGCGGCAGCCGGAGGCUGUCAAUGUCCCAAAGCGUGGGCAACAACAUUCGCAGCUUGAGUUCCAACGUGCGGGGGAACUGGGGACUAAUGGGCAUGAUCGACAACCCGCUGGAACGAGCGACCGCUUCGCAUCGCGAUGAGAGCAUGGAUGAUGAGGAGGCGCUCAAGUGGGCAGCCGUGGAGCGGCUCCCUACCUACGACCGCGUGCGCACGAGCGUCUUCCACAAAGCCUCCGGGAGUGUGAAGCAGGUAGACGUGCGCGAGUUAACCCCGUUGGAGACCCAGGAGCUGCUUAACAAACUCAUGGCUGAAGCGCAGGACGAGAGCAACAUGCUUUUGGUCAAAUUGCGCCAGCGCCUUGACAAAGUUGGAAUUGAUCUGCCUACAAUCGAAGUACGCUAUGAAAACCUCUCAAUCGAGGCGGAUUGCUACGUUGGAAACCGCGCCCUACCAUCCCUAUGGAAUACUGCCCGGAAUUUUCUCGAGUCUGUCCUGGAUACGUUACACCUCUCGAUGACUAAGAAAGCAAAACUGUCCAUCCUGGAGAAUGUCAAUGGUGUGGUCAAGCCCGGCAGGAUGACUCUGCUACUUGGCCCACCCGGCUCUGGCAAGACGACGCUUCUCUUGGCACUAGCAGGAAGGCUACCCAAAAGCUUGCGUGUUCAGGGAAAGGUGACGCUUAAUGGCCACACCCAUGACGAGUUUGUGCCGCAGCGGACAGCAGCAUACAUCAGUCAGAGUGACCUUCAUGUAGGUGAAAUGACUGUUCGCGAAACGUUAGCUUUCUCUGCCAAAUGCCAGGGUAUUGGCACCCGAUACGAGCUUUUGGAGGAGGUCACUCGAAGGGAGAAGGAGGCUGGAAUCUAUCCUGAAGCAGACGUAGAUGCGUAUAUGAAGAUGUCAGCACUUCAAGGGCAUCAACACAACGUUGGGGUGGAUUACACGUUGCGGAUGUUGGGACUGGAUGUGUGCGCGGACAUAUUAGUGGGAGAUGAUAUGCGGCGAGGGAUUUCAGGUGGUCAGAAGAAGCGGGUGACGACAGGUGAGAUGAUUGUAGGGCCAUGCACAGCGCUCUUCAUGGACGAGAUCUCAACAGGGCUUGACAGCUCCACGACAUUCAGCAUCGUGAGAACUUUGGGCCAAUUCACCCGCACCUUGGACAGCACGGUGGUGAUCUCGCUCCUCCAGCCGGCGCCCGAAACCUUCGAACUCUUCGAUGACAUUAUUCUUCUGUCCGAGGGCCAGUGCGUGUAUCACGGACCUCGUGAGCACGUGAUGGAGUUCUUUGAGUCUUGUGGUUUUAAGUGCCCGGAGCGCAAGGGCAUUGCCGAUUUCUUACAAGAGGUGACCUCUCCUAAAGACCAAGAACAGUACUGGGCCGACACGCAUCGUCCCUAUCGCUACAUUUCAGUACGCGAAUUUGCGGAACUGUUUAAGAGCUUUCAUGUCGGCGCCUCAAUGAUGCAGGAGCUCUCUGUUCCAUUUCCGAAAGAGAAAAGCCAUCGCGCUGCAUUGGCUCAAAAAAAAUACGCAGUGAAUAGAAAGGAGCUUUUCAAGACGAACUUCAACAAGGAGCUUCUCCUAUUCAAACGAAACUCCAUCAUUACCAUUUUCAAAACCAUGCAGGUGGUAGUGGCAGCUUUCAUCUCCAUGACCGUAUUUUUUCGCACGAGAUUAGAUCACGAGACUAUCGACGAUGCCUCGAUAUACUUGAGCGCGGCAUUUUAUGCAAUAGUGUCCAUUAUGUUCGGUGGUUUCGGGGAGCUCGCCAUGACGAUUGCUCGUCUCCCAGUGAUCAUCAAGCAACGUGAUCUUCUCUUCUUCCCAGCUUGGUCUUAUUCCCUCUCGGCCUUUGUGCUGAGCAUUCCUGGCUCAGUAAUUGAGUCCGUUGUUUGGGUGAGCAUGUCAUACUACGUGACAGGCUACUCGCCUGAAGUCAGCCGAUUCUUUAAGCAGAUGCUGCUGCUCUUCAUGGUGGAGCAAAUGGCUGGUGGGAUGUUUCGAUUCAUUGCUGGCCUGUGCCGAACCAUGAUCCUGGCCAACACGCUGGGUUUUGUCAUCAUUCUCAUCGUCUUUAUGUGCGGUGGCUUCCUCAUCCGGCGCCCGGAUAUACCCGAUUGGUGGAUCUGGGCCUACUGGAUUUCUCCUAUGACUUAUGCUGAGCAGGCAAUCAGUGUCAAUGAGCUUCUGGGAGAUCGCUGGCAACAUCCAAACCCCGGCUCGAACCAGACUGUGGGAGUGGCUGCUCUGAUAGCUCGUGGCCAGUAUCCGUAUGAUUACUGGUAUUGGCUUGGACUUGGCGCGCUUCUGGGUUUGACGAUCCUCUACAACGUGGGCUUUACCUUCGCGCUUGGUUACAUGCCUGCUGUUGGAGCGCCGCAAGCUAUCAUGUCGGAGGAGGAUCUCCAAAUGAAGGAAGCAGCUAAAUUGGGAGGCUCUAUGGAUUUUGCAUCUUCCCGAAAACAUCGCUCCACUUCACGAAGAGCUACGGUGCGUUCAAAGAAAACGUCCUCGAGGAUGGAAGUGCAGCUCAGCAGAAGCCGUCGGUCUAGUAAUAGCGAUAGAAACCUCGUUGUGCCGAAGGAGCAGAAAGGCAUGAUCCUUCCUUUUGAGCCCUUGUCCAUCUCUUUUGACGAAAUCAGUUACUUCGUCGACAUGCCCCCUGAAAUGAAGAACGAAGGGAUGACAGAGACGAGGUUGAAGCUGCUCAACAACAUCACAGGGUCCUUCAGACCUGGAGUUCUGACAGCCUUGGUGGGUGUAAGUGGAGCGGGGAAGACGACUCUCAUGGACGUCUUGGCAGGACGGAAAACGGGAGGGUACAUCGAAGGCGAUAUUAGAAUCUCUGGUUAUCCCAAAGUGCAGGCUACAUUUGCAAGAAUCGCAGGCUACUGCGAGCAAAAUGACAUCCAUUCCCCUCAACUCGACGUGCGAGAGUCACUCGUUUACUCCGCCUGGCUUCGUCUCUCCCCCGAUAUCUCGGAUGACGACAAGGUAAAGUUUGUGGACCAAGUGAUGGAGCUUGUGGAACUGAACCCCAUAGAGCACGCAUUGGUGGGGUUACCUGGAAUUUCCGGGUUGUCCACGGAGCAAAGAAAGCGUCUCACCAUUGCAGUGGAGCUGGUCGCAAACCCUUCAAUUAUUUUCAUGGAUGAGCCUACCAGUGGUCUUGACGCACGCGCGGCUGCUAUUGUGAUGCGCACUGUGCGUAACACGGUGGACACAGGCAGGACUGUUGUGUGCACCAUCCAUCAACCUAGCAUUGACAUCUUCGAAGCUUUUGAUGAGUUGCUGCUUCUGAAGCGUGGAGGACGAGUGAUUUAUAAUGGACCAUUGGGACACAAUUCUGACAAGCUUAUCGAGUAUUUCCAGUCGAUGCCUGGAGUUGCUAAAAUCAAGGAGGGUUAUAAUCCUGCGACAUGGAUGUUAGAAGUGACCAACAGCAGCGUUGAAAACCAACUUGGGGUGGACUUUGCCGAUCUUUACCUGAAAUCGGACCUUUACCGGCGUAACAAGCAGAUGGUGGAGGACCUCAAAACUCCACGACCAGGCUCGGAAGAUUUGUUUUUCGAUACACAGUACUCUCAAAAUUACUUCAACCAGCUCAAAACCGUCUUGUGGAAGCAGUUUAUUACAUAUUGGCGUAGCCCCGAUUAUAACCUUGUGCGAUUCAUCUUCACGCUGUUGAUAUCGUUGAUUUUGGGCAGUCUGUUCUGGCAAAUCGGAUCGAAGAGAGACAGUGCAUCCGAUGUGAUUACCAUACUGGGUGCACUAUACGGCUCUACGAUCUUCUUGUGCUUCAACAAUUGUGGUGCCGUGCAGCCAGUAGUUAGCAUUGAGCGGACCGUGUUUUACCGAGAGAAAGCGGCGGGAAUGUACGCUGCCAUGCCUUAUGCCUUGGCCCAGGUUAUUGUGGAAAUCCCCUACGUGCUGAUGCAAGUGAUAAUAUAUGCAUCCAUUACUUACGCCAUGAUCGGGUUUGAAUGGACUGCUGCCAAGUUCUUCUGGUAUCUCUAUAUUCUCUUCUUCGGCGUGAUUGCCUUCACAUUCUACGGCAUGAUGAUGGUGGCGCUCACUCCCAACGCUCAGCUCGCCACCAUAUGCGCCUCCUUCUUUUACGCUCUCUUCAAUCUCUUCUCCGGUUUCUUGAUUGUCAAACCCAAAAUUCCCCCGUGGUGGAUUUGGUACUACUGGAUUUGCCCCGUUUCCUGGAUCAUUAACGGUCUUGUGAAUUCACAGUUCGGUGAUGUGACCACCAUGAUGACCAGUACCGAUGGAACACGCGUAGCAGUGAACAAAUACAUCGAGGAUAACUUUGGAUUCGAGAAGAGCUUUCUCAAGUACACGGCCAUUGGGCUGCUAGGAUGGGCUGUUAUAUUCGCCGGGAUCUUUGUGCUUGCCAUUAGGUACCUCAACUUCCAACGUCGUUGAGAAAUCCCCACAAGGAGGUGGAGAGGAAGAAUUCAUUUGAGAACCAAUCACUGGAUUGGCUUUCCGACAAUUCACAUGAUUUUUUCAAUACUUGGCCAGGACAUGCAAAGAAGGCUCACACUGGGUCUGCAACUAGACUAGCACUUUUUUCCCUUCACCUCACUUUAGAUCUCUGCAGUUUUUGUUGUCUUUGCGUUGAUAGCAGUGCACUCGAAGUGCUCAGAUAGAGAGUAGAGCAGCUGCAACAGAGAUUACAAUGUGUACAUAAUUGAUUUGCAGCAGUUUCUGUAUUCCUCUGCUUGCAGGUGAGCUGUAUUCAGAAUUCUAGAGCAAUGAUAUUUUGUUUGACACCAUUUGCUUGUUAAAAGAGUGGGGCAUUGCCGACUAGAUUGAGAAGCUCCA